AUGGAAAAUUAUAUGCAAAUGAAAAUGAUGGCGAAUAAAGAACUGGGUAAGGAGGUCUUGCCACAUAUAUUAAAACGUCAGAGCUCAGCCAACGAUAAUGUGAAAAAAUUUUCACCAGAAAAAAAAGUUUGCUUGGAACAAAAGACUGAAAGUGGUGGGAAACCAUCCUCGAAUGAUAACCAUUUCGAUGACAACUCUGUAGAGGCAACAGAACCAUAUAACAUACCUAAGAAAGUGAAAAGAAAGGAUUUUGUACCAUCAAAGGAAAUACAAAUCGAAAAUAUUCCCAUAUUUACAUCACCCGACUCAUCACCGAUGAAAGUGUCCGUGGUGUCAACUAAGAUGACCCCAAUCAAACAUACCAAGCAAAUAUCUAUAAUAAAGAGGAAUCUUUACAUUGAGUAA